CACAAUUUUCCUUUCAUUUUAUUGUCUUCCCUGCUCCUGUUCCUGGUCCAUACCACCUUAGAGUAUUGUCGCCAUGUCCUCAUCUCUGUUUCGUGAAGAAUAUGCCUUAAAUCCACAUGAGCGCUCUCGGCUCGUCAAGGCCACCACGCCUGGCACGGAGGACCAUUAUCUGUAUCGCCUUCAAUAUCUCCUGCAGCAGCUUCAGACGAACGAAAUUCCUGUCACAGCCCAAACCAUCGAAGAGGCCGCAGCCCUCCUUACAGCAGCUGAGAAUUCUGGAAUUGCCAUCGACAGUGCACAGCUCCAGCAAUUUGAGACCCAAAUUGCCUUGCUGGCUUUCCCCGUUAAGCCGGAUCUCCUCUUAGGGCAGCUCAACUAUGACCCAGGGACGGCCAGUAUUGAUUGCUCACAGGAAGAUGUCGAGAGCGAGGAUAAUGCCGACACUGCAGACGAUAAAGGAUCCUCAAGUGCCGUCGCAGCUUUGCCGACCAAAUUGGACCAGAGCAUCAUCAGGGACGACGCACUAACGGAGAAACAGCUCGAUCAUCUUGAGAAAGACAGCGGCCAUUAUAUUUCAAUCGGUGAUGCAUGGCCCUUUGUGGCUGCUCAACCGCGUCUAGAGCCCAUCUUGGACCGACUUGACAUUGACCGGCUCCUUCACCUUUUCGCCACCAUGGAUAUACGAUACUCUCCAAAAAGCAUGGAAAUUGUAGGCAAGGCAGAUGUCAGUCGAUUUGACCAGAUCGUGGUUAAGGUGAUUUUGAGGCUCUACAAAGAAAACAAGCUGAGUUUCUCGAGUUACGCUCAUCAAUUCGAGCACUUGACGCGAUCUCAGCUGGAUAUGAUUAAAAGAGAACAACCUCAAUUGGUGAACGACGAAGGGUUUAUAGGCCUGUUGGAGAAGAGACUUGCGCCCGAGCCUUUCCCGGAGCAAGAGGAAGUCGCUCACGAGGCAUGGCUGGAUCGUGUUCUAGCAUUUGUUGAUGAGCUCUCGCCCAAGUUUAACCUACACAAGUUGUCGGUAUAUCUUAUGAGUCUCGAGCAUGAUCUGUCCAAGGGCGUCAUGGACAAGGAAAAGUUCUUGAGAUACGUUGCCAUCCCGCGUAAUCAGGCGCACUACAACCAAAAGGCGCUUAACAACCUCGAGCGCAGCUUUCCGGUGGAUUUGACGGAAAGACAGCGUCUUGAGGACUGGUCCGAGAGAGUCACUCCCGCGACAAGAGAACGUGAUGAUGAGGUAUUAAAGGAGUAUCUCACCCACUUCAUGCGUCAAGCAAAGUCUGCAGCCGAGUUCGAAGAGUACUUUGAGACCAAAACUUUCCUCAACCCAUUGCUGGCAAAAGCCAUGCUGAUGUCUGAUGACCCCGCAACUGCCAAAUGGGCUGCACUCCUAUCAGACCAGGAGAAUCUUGCUCAGCUCACGGAGAAGACUAUCCUGAAGUUUGCACCAGAUAAUCCCGUCAAGUUCCUGCCUGCCGACCCAGUCGUCUUCAAGUUGCGGGCCAAGAAUGCUAAGCGAGUCCUUGUUCGAAUCUUUGAGGUCAAAACUUUUGAGUAUUUGCAGCAGCAUGGUCAUGGAGUAAUGGGACGGAACCUGAAUUUAGAUGGACUGGCACCCAAUUGGGAGCAGAACCUCGUUCUGGAUCAUCCACCACUCCUUAUGCAUGAAAUCAAGAUCGAGUUGCCCGAGUUGGCUGACAAACGAGGCGCUUUUAUCAUGGAUGUGAUCAGUAAUGGGGAAAACAGCUGUGCUUACUUUGCCAAGGGCUACCUGGACUUUAUUGAGAGGCAGAGCGUCGCGGGACAUGUCAUCACCAUCAUCGAUGAGAAUCAGGAAAAACUUUCGGACAAGUGCAGCAUCUGGCUGGAUGGCUAUUACUACAGGCCGAAUGGUGAUGGAGAUAUCAUUGUCCCCUAUCGUAAGCCAUACUCGUCCUCGAGUUCAAAUAUCUAUCUCAUACAUGAUGGAUUUGCGACCUGUCGAGAGUUCAAUCAUCGCGUCGAAGACUAUGCCCUCAAAUUCGAGUGCCAAAUCGACCACGAGUCCUUGGUGGCGGGCUCGACUGCAAAGAUUCUAAUCAAGCCCACCGUUAAAAUCCAAUACGAUACGGUUGUUUGCCCUGUCAGCCUACUGGAGCAAGUACAGCUCACACUCGAUUCUGCGGAUACAAACACGAUCGCAGCGACAGUAACGGUGCCGGAUUUCAAGGUGCACGAUGAUAAUUGGUCAAUGUACAGCUUCCAGGUGCCCGAGAAUCUGGCGCAUUUGACCGUUACUCUCUCGGCCAAGAUCAAGGUCAUCUCGACAGGAGAGUACCAGAACUUGACUGUUUCGCGUCGCUUUGCAUUCGACAGUCCUAACGUUGACCAGAAUGUCGGCUUCAAAAAGAAUGGAGUAAUGCAAUAUGUCAGCAUCCCCGGACCGGUUUUGAUCCUGCUGCAGAAGGAUGUGGACGGCUACAAAGUCCUUGCGCUCGGAAAGAAUGGCGAAAAGCGACCCAAUAUUCCCCUGGAAUUUGAGUUUAAUCAUCCGAUUUGGGGAAGUAGGGUUGUUUUCCACCUGCGCACAGAUGAUAGUGGGCAAGCCCACUUGGGGCCUUUGCAUGGCGUCGAGAAUCUGAUCUGCGUCACUACUCUCGCGACAUGGCCAAUCUUUGGAGGCGAAGAGCACGUCUAUCCCAAGCAGAUCCAUGGAGUAGAAGAUGAAACCCUUUCCUUGCCACUUGGAAAGCAGGAUCUCGACACCAUCCGCAAAAUUUCGCUGUUCUCCAUUUCAAGCUAUGGUAAUGGAAAUGGCGGCGUCAAGGCAACGCUCGAUGAUCACACCAGCAAUAUUCGUCUAGUAAAUGGGAUGUUGUCGCUCAAGGGACUGAAGGCUGGAUACUACAGCUUCAGGAUCGGAAGCAAGGUCGAAUGUCAGAUCAUCAUUGCGAAUUCUAGGGCUACACAGUCCAAGAUUCAAGGGUUAGAGGACUUUGUCAUUGGAUGCAACCCCAUGCUUGAGCUCUUGGGAAGCACCAAGAAUCCUCUUCAUAUCGCUCCGCCCACUGUAGAUGCGGAGAGUCAAAUGAUCGGCAUCCAGCUCUACAACUGGAGUCCAGAGACCAGACUGUGCGUUAUUGUGACAAAGUUUGUGCCGUACAACGACUCGGGCUCGGACAAUUCAAGAGAACGCAGAGCGGAAAACCCAUGGGCGAUGACAAAAUCCAGAUCGACACUAACGUCGUUCCGGACCGGCCGUGUCCUUGGCGAUGAGUAUCAAUACAUUUUGAAUCGUAAGGCGCAGUCGGCUCAUUGGGCUGGAAACUUGCUGGAGAAACCCAGUGUCUUGCUCUCGCCUUGGAGCAUUGCUGAUACGACAGCGUCUACACAGGAGAUGCAAGGGGACAGCCUCGAAGGCGUUCAGGAGACAAUAGUCCAAGAAUGUGCAUGCAUGCCCACGAACAUGUCCCGAGGUGGAGAACGAUACAUAGCUGUUACACGGAUGACACUCAACCCUCUACUCAACUUUCUGGCUCACCCUAGUGUCGUACUUGCCAACUUGGUUCCAGACUCAUCCACGGGCAUCGUCAGUGUUCCAUUCCCCGCUCUCAAGGAAGGAAACUUCCUCAGGAUCUUUGCGGUGGAUGGCCACCAAACUAUUCAGAAAUCUUUUGUGGUCCCACGAACAUUGGCUCGCCUCGACUUCCAGAAGCGGGAUCUUCGAUUCUGGAGUCAAUUGGACCACACCAAGCAUUUCAUUGGCGAAAGAACCGGCAUUGAUCUGGAUCCCAAAUUACAAGCCGCGUUUGCGGGCGCUGCUUCAGUGACAUUGGCAUCAAACGGCAGCUCACUGUCUGCCGUCCGAGUCAUCAGCUCUGUCAAACAGGUGUACGAUCUGAUGCUGACGUUACUUGGGGACGAAACACCGAAGGAAAAUUUGCGCAAGUUCGGGUUCAUCAACGACUGGGAUCAAAUGUCAGACGAGGCCAAGAAGGAAAAAUUCUCGAGGUGGAACUGUCAUGAACUCAACUUAUUCCUUUACAAAAAGGACGGCAAGUUUUUCGAUUCUGUGGUCGCCCCGUUUUUAAAGAAUAGGCUGAUGAAGUCUUUCAUGGAUGACUAUCUGAUCGGAGCACAGAUGGACAAGUACACCGCUCUCAACGAAUUCAGUCAACUGAGCUGCUUAGAGAAAUGUCUUCUUGCCCAUCGUGCUCCCUCCGCAAGAGCUGGUAUAGUCCAAUGGAUCAAGGACAGGGUUCGCAACACACGUGUGGCCAGUAACGUGAAGCUGUUCCUGACAGUCAUGAACUCUGGAGGUCUGAAAGAGUCCGCACUUGGCGGGAGCGUGGCGAUGCGCAAUCAGGCAAGUGAGCAUUAUUACGACUUGGCGGUCGACCAUGAGGAGUCGGACGAAGAUAUGGGUUUCGGCUUGUUCGAUGACGACACUUAUGCCAUGCCUGAGGCGGCGUCUGCGCAGUCCUACUCCGCUCCUGCUCUAACCUCUGUACCCAUAAAGCGCAUGAAAAAAUCAGCCGCCGCUGUGAGCGAGGAGAGAAAGCGAUCUGCACGGAUCCUUCAUGGACAGUACAAACCCGUGGAAUUGACUCAGGAGAUGGCCGAGACUUACUACUAUGGACGCCAGGAAUACGUGGACAAGAUUGAAAAUACAAAUUUGUUUUGGUUGGAUUUGGCGCAAUGGGACGAGAACAAAGGCGGAUCGUUCUUGUCGCAGAACUUUGUCGCCAAUACUGGGUCUUUCACGGAUGCUAUGGCCACAAUUGCGCUACUCGGUCUUACUUUCCGACCCAAGGAUGCAUCGUUGACACGUUCAGCUGGUCAAAACUUGGUGGUCUCCUCCGAGUCGCCUGCCAUCGUCUUCCACUCGUCGAUUAAGGAGUUGACAGAGGCACCAGUAAUGGGAUCGGUUUUGGUGAUUGAGCAGUACUUUGCACAGAAGGAGAAGCUCGUAUAUGAUAAAACUACCUCGAACAAUGUUCGGCAGUAUCUCCAGCCUGGUGUGGAAUUCAGACCACUGGAGACUUACGGCGCCCAUGUCGUCUUGAUGAAUGCCUCGCCAAAUUACAUGGUAGUUCAUUUGGAGGUGCAAAUUCCGCAAGGAUCUAUCUCGGUCUAUCAAAGUCUGGAGACAGGCCAAGAUAUCCGGUUAAGCCCUCAUAGCAGCUUCCAGUACGAGUAUGGAUUCUACUUCCCUGAAGAAGGCGACUUCCCACAUUACCCUGCGCAUGUCUCCAACUACGAGGAUAUCAUCGCUCACGCAGCGCCAUCAGUCCUGAAGGUCCGAGCUCCACUGCCAGGCUUUAAUGAGACGGAAACGGGCACCUGGGCCCACAUCCUGAAGUACGGUACAAAGGAGAGUAUCUUGGCCAAAUUGGCAGCCAGUCCUCUGAGUAGUUUGCCCGUGGAGGACCUGGUCCCUCGCUUGUACAGGGAUAAACAGCUCCUCCAGCAGAUGACUUCGGCUCUAAGAUCGCGCCAUGAGUACAACAACCAGAUCUGGAGGGUUGCUUUGGCGGUAAAAGAUCAAGAACUGGUCAAGGAGUAUUUGAUGAAUCAGCCUGCCUCAGAGUUGAACACCGGAGAUUGGUUCACAUCGGCUAUUUACAUCCGCCGGCCGCAUACGCGACUGGAGUCGCUACAGGACACAUCGUACAAACACCUCGAAUAUUUUCCUCUGAUCAACGCCAGAGCCCAUAAGGCCACUCGUAACGCAACCAUUUUGAACAACAAAUUCAAGGGCCAAUACGAUCGUUUCUUGAAGCUGCUGAGUCAAAAGCCACAUCACGAUGUCGACGAUCUCCUUGUUCUUGUUGUCUACCUCCUGGCACAGGAUAGGUUUUUAGAAGCCAAGAAGAAGUUUGCGCAGCUUUCAGACCUGAUGUGUCUGCCCGGUCAGCUUCCAGGCGAUUUUUUCCAGCAGCUCCAGUACGACUACCUCUGGGCAUAUUUGAGCCUGUGCGUCGAGGUCCAAGCGGAUUCUUCCGCUGUGGAUCUGCCUCUGGAUCUGGCAGGCGUGCAAAGGGUGCUGAACAAGUAUCGCGACUAUCCUGUCGAGCGCUGGAACAAGAUGUUCAGAGACAUGCAGCAGUAUCUGGACGACAUCGAACAGUCUCAAGUGGAAGUCAAGGGUUCGAGUGACGAAUCCCAAGCAGCAGCUGCGGCCGAGGGGCAGCAAGAGGCGGUCGAUACAACUGCGGGCGAGGAAGAGGAAGACGAUGAUGCGUCUGAAGUACCGAUCAUGAUCGAUUUCAAGAUUGGAGAUGAGAACGUGAUGAUGGUCCGUCACCGUGGCGUCCGAGAGGUCACGGUAGAGUACUACUUGAUCGAUGCAGAGACCAUGUUCUCGGCCUCGCCGCUUACCUUCAGCGACCUGGGUGAAAGCGAGUCUUCCGGGGGCAGCCGCGAUGACGACAGGGACACCAGUAACAGCUACCGCCUGAUGAAGCCCAACGGCAUCGAUACACACUCUGUCAAGCGCGCGGUCGCCAAUGACGGUAUCCUCAUUAUUCCGAUCCUCAGCCAGUACCAAAACACGAAUGUCAUGAUCUCGGUCAGCACCUCGCCCCCAGCGGUCACACGGAGCUGGAAGGCCUAUUACUCGCAGACGAUCAUGAUGCAGUGCAUGGAGAAGAAUGGCACGAUGAAGGUUAUAUCCAAGGCGGAUGGACGACCGAUCCGCGGUGCGUACGUGAAGGUGUAUGCGGAGAUGAAGGAAGGUUCUGGUGUGACAAUAUUCUGGAAGGAUGGAUACACGGACUUGGUGGGCCGAUUCGGUUAUGCGCAGGUGUCGACAGCGACAGUGUCGUCGAGUUCGAGAGGGGCAUCCGACGGUGGACUUGGUAGUGUGAAGCGGUUUGCGGUGUUUGUGGAUGGCGGACGCGAGGGAUGUGUUGUCAAGACCCUGCCUGUGCCUCCCGUGUAG